CAGCUCUGACUCCGCGCCCCACCGCUCCCCUCGGGCUGUUGCAGGGCAGCUCCCUGCUGGCAGCCCAACCAGGAACCGCUGGAGGAGGCAUGGGAGACCUGUAAAGUGUAUCUGCUGUUUGCUAAACUGGAGGCAACUGAAAGUCUCAGGCUGUUCAAAUCACUACAGUGAAAAUCCUUGGAAAUGUUACCAUUUCAUCCUGCUGCUUAAUAAAACAGAGCAGUGGUCAACAUAGCACAAGGAGGAGAAAUGGCUUUGUGUGCUUCAUGGGCCAGAUGUCAUUCAUAUAGCAGUGGAAGGCUUUAUCAGCUCUUGCCGAGGCUUUCCCCUGCACUCAGCACUCAAGGCUGGAGCUGUAGUGGAGGAAAAUGGAACCUGUAGAUCUCCCGGCAUUUGCCUCUGUAGAAAUGAAUAGUACAAGAGUCACCUUGGCUUUGCUGGUGGUCUUCCUGGUCCUGCUGUAUUGGUACUCCACAUCUGCAUUCUCCAAACUAAGCAGAGUUGGGAUCCGACAUCCUCCACCUCUUCCUUUCAUUGGAAAUCUGCUCUUUUUCAGUGAGGGUUUUUGGGAAAACCACACAAAACUCAUUAUGGAAUAUGGACCUGUUUGUGGGUAUUACAUUGGUCGCCAGAUGUUUGUGGUGGUCUCCUCACCAGACAUGAUCAAGCAAAUCUUAGUGACAGACUUCAGUAACUUCACCAACAGAACUAAGCCGAACUUGAUUUCCAAACCAAUGCUUGACAGCAUCCUUUGUCUUCGAGAUGACAGAUGGAAGUAUGUGCGGAGCCUCCUGACCCCAGCCUUCAGCGACACCAAACUGAAAGAGAUGACACCACUAAUAAACCAGGCCUGUGACAUCCUGCUGUGUAACUUGAAAGUCUACGCAGAUUCUGGCAAAGCUUUUGAUAUCCAGAGGUGUUACAACUGCUUUACGUUGGAUGUCGUUGGUAGCGUAGCUUUUGGUACUGAGGUGGAUUCCAAGAAGAAUCCUGAUGACCCCUUUGUUAAGAAUUGUAGAACAUUCUUUGAAAUGUCUUUGUUUAAACCUCUCCUCAUUCUAACCCUUUCUUUCCCAUUCAUAAUGAUCCCACUGCUACGCAUUUUUCCAAACAAGAAACAAACGGAACUGAAUGGAUUUUUUAUCCAAACCAUAAAAAAUGCAAUUGUCUACAGGCACCAGCAAGAUGCAGCUGAGAGGCGCAGUGAUUUUCUCCAGUGGAUGCUUGACUCCCGUGACUCAGCUGACUCCCUGGCAGCCGGGUGUUCUGAUGUGAUCAGCCCAUCUGCUGCUUCCAGACAGAAUGAGGCACCUCUUCCUGGCAGGACCCCAUCUGAAAAGGUUCAGAAGACAUUAACAGAGGAUGAGAUAGCAGGCCAAGCUUUCCUAUUCCUGAUUGCUGGGUAUGAGACCACCACUAGCACGCUGUCCUUUGCCACAUACUUGCUAGCCACCAACCCAGAGUGCCAGGAGAAGGUGCUUCAGGAAGUUGAUGAGUUCUCUGCAAAACACAUGGUCCCUGAUUACCAAAAUGUACAAGAACUCCCUUAUCUGGACAUGGUGAUUGCAGAGACAUUGCGCAUGUACCCACCUGCAUUCAGAUUCACUCGGGAAGCAGCUAAAGACUGUGUAGUGCUGGGGCAGCAUAUUCCAGCUGGGGCUGUCAUUGAAACUGCAGUUGGACACCUCCACCAUAACCCUGAGUUCUGGCCAGAGCCUGAGAAGUUCAUUCCUGAGAGGUUUACAGAGGAGGCCAAGAAGAAACGACAUCCCUUUGCAUAUCUGCCCUUUGGGGCAGGACCUCGUGGCUGCAUUGGCAUGAAAAUGGGUUUGUUAGAGACAAAAAUGACUCUGCUGAGGAUUUUGCAGAAGUUUCGAUUCAAGACCUGCCCAGAGACUGAGAUUCCUUUGCAGCUCAAAUCAAAAGCCACACUUGGACCAAAAAAUGGAGUCUACAUUAUGCUAGAAUCUCGCUAAAAGAAAAUGUACAUCCUGAAGCCUACUGGGAUGAGCCCCUUUGUUAGUGACUCACUAACAAAAUAUAAUUAUUUUUCAAAACCCCAAAGACAGCUAGGAGCCCAAGUCCCACUGAUGGUCAGUAGGUGCUUCCUCAGUGCCCUCCUGUGGGAGAGCCCCCAGUCACCUUUUAAAAUGGGCUCCACAGUCUUUUUUGGCAGUUUUCAAAUUACUGUGAAUAGCAUCUGAAAAGUAGCAUCCCACUUUCACUUGCUUUUCACUUCCUUUCACUCAUCUUUGAGAAUGCUUUCCUCCUGCUCAAUUUCAACAAAUGGAGCAGGUGUUAAGAGUACAAGCAAUUUAAAAUAGAUUUUAAUUACAAUUCAUUAUAUGGCACGUCCUUCUCAUGCACUUCAAAGUUUCUACUCUAGAGAAAGCCCAAAAGGCACCACAAUUACAACAGAAAACCUGGGAUGCAGUGCAUUGGAUUUUGUCAUCAACUCUGCUAACAAUCAAAGCUGAGGCUCCUGCACAAUGCUUAAUCUCUUCCUGUGUCUGUAAAAUGGAAAGAGUUGCACCUCCCUCAUGCUUUGAAGUGAUUUUAUAUACACUUAAAUUAACAAUUUGCACUUGGCACGUUGCAUUGAUGCAAUGAGGAGUUUCCUGCUUACCAGUUAAGUUCCAGUAGCUAAGACCAAGGAAAUGAGGUGACUGCCAUUUCGCUGGCUACUGAACUGCUGUUGGAAAACUGGAGAAAAAGAAGAUGCAAAUUUAAAGCAAGCAGGAAGACUGAAGGAAAUUGAAGGUUAAUCAGAAGGUGUUGUUACAACAUCUGCUUCGUGAUGAGGCUUUUCCUUUCCAAGCGCUGAAGUUGGCACUAUUCUUGUCUAGCUCCUUGACUCAAGGAAAUUAAGAGCCAAUGUUAAAGGAGUGGGAUCCAGGAUCAUCAGUCCCAGCAGCUCUCUUGUCACCUUAUGUGACCCUGGAGCAGCUCAUGUCCCAAGUGCCUCACUCGCCUCAGGAAGGAACUUGUCUGAUUUCCAGCUGCAGCAGCACCGUGGAUCCAUUCAAGCUUUAUGACUGUGCACAUGCACCUUCACAGCCAAAAUGGCUGUACACUUCCAGUCGUCAGAUUUUCUCCCUGCUCUUUCCUACUUCUCUACAAAGCCCUUCAACCACCACACAGCUAGUGGAGCAACACACAGCAGGGAUCAAUUGACAAGGAAAAACCCCACACCUUUCCUUCAGUGGGUGCCACAGACUGGUUGUCUGUACAAUUGUGCUGGUUUUGUCUCAGAUAAUUUUCUUCAUAGCAGCAUGGGGCUCUGUUUUGGAUUUGUCUUUCAUUAUUAGCAGUGCUUGAACAGAGUUGAGGCCUUUUCUUCUUCUCACACCACUCCAUCAGCAAGGAGGCUUGGGGGUGGACAAGCAAUUGGGAGGGGACACAGCUGGGACAGCUGACCCCCACUGACCACAGGGACAUUCCAUACUGUAUGGCAUCAUGCUCAGCAUAUAAAUCUGGAGGAAGAAGAGGGAAGGGGAGGACAUUCGGAGGGAUGGUCUUUGUCUUCCCAAAUCACUGUCAUAUAUGCCAGAGCCCUGCUGUCCUGGGGAUGAUGGAACACCUGCCUGCCCAUGGGAAGAAGUAAAUGAA